AUGUCCACAAAAGAAGUGUUCCCCUGCGCUGAGGAAAUGGAUGAAGAGUCAAAGCUCGCAGUCAGCGCUGUCGCCGUAGAGGGCGCGUCGUCUCUCGAGUCGGACAUCUCCUUCAGUGCGCUUUCGGCAUCCUCGGCGUCCUCAGCACCUGUGCGUGGCGUCUCGUCGAAAUGGAAGUGGCGGCUGCGCCUCCUCUCCCCCACUAUCGAGAUCGAUGUGGGAGCAGCCACCUACAACACCGCGUACUCACACCUUCUCUCCCUUGAGUACCUCCUCGGCGCGGCUGUCCUCGUUUCCAUCAACAUUUACGGGUUCGUGGUGUUGCGCCGCUUCUGCGAUGCGUACCCUUCUCCCCUGCUCGACGUUGUCGCCCCGCCAAACGCCAUCAUGCAACUCCUCGGCGCACGGGGGUACGAUAUGACGCUCGAUCAAUCCUUUGUGACGUACUGCGAAUACCUUUGGAUCUUUGCGGUGUUGAGUGCGGUCCUGGGUGUUGGCUCGUACGUGUGCCGUCGGCUGACCGCCCCACGCCCACGCACGCCCGCGCCGGACCCCACGCUCACACUCUCUCCUGCGGAGGAGUUGUGCCCCUCGCCAGGUGUCGUUAUGCGAGGUGAUUCGCGUAGCUAUGACAGCGGUACGCCCGCUUCGCUCGCCCCUACAUCACGAGCCUUCGUGGACGAAGCACCGUUGAGCGGCCGGACUACGGACCGCGUCCGAACGAAGGGGGCGUUCUUGCUGCCUCUCUUUUAUGCAGCGGUCGGUGUUGUCUUUGUGGCCGUCGUGCACGGCCCGCACUUCUUUCUGCCGCUUCUGCUCACCCUCGCCAACUACGUCGUCUUCUCCCGGCUGCAGCGCUGGUGCCCCUACCGGGUCUUCAUGGCUGUCAUGUGGGCUACGCACAUCGGCCUCCUCUACAUCAUCGAGCUGUACGCCGGCUUCGAGGACACGUACUGGUUGCAGUACUACUUUCCCACCAGCAUUGACAGCACGCGUAUUGCUUUGGGUCCUCGGUACGGUCGCGAAGGUCUUUGGACUGUUCAAAUGCGCUGGUGCGUCGCCUUCCGCAUGACCACGCUGCGCCUCAUCGCCUUCAACUACGACCUGUGGGAGGCCACGCACAAUGCGGCGCACGCGAGGGAGCGGGCGACCAGCAAGCACGACACCGCCUGCGUCGAGUGCGCGCAGCUGCGCGAGCAGAACAACGGCCGCGUUGCCGCAGGAGCAGCAUCAGCAGGAGCAGGCGCAGGCGCAGGCGCAGGAGCAGGAGCGGCAUCGCUGCCCGCGGAGGCGUCGCGCUGCUACAAGUACCGCACCGAGUACGCGCGCGACCCCGGCGACUACAACUUCGUCAACUACCUCGCCUACGUCGUGUUCCCCCCGCUGUACCUCGCCGGCCCCAUGUCGUCCUUCAAUGCCUUCGUGUCCUACAUGCGUGUGCCGAGUACGAGCAUGCCUCCCUAUGCGAUGGCCAUGUAUCUCCUGCGUAUCCUCCGCAUCUAUGUGGUGCUCAUGGUGUUGCUGCACUUUGUUUUCGUUUCGGCUCUCUCUGCCUACACUUUCCUCACUCUGAAGAUGAGCAGCGUUGAGCAGGCGCACUUUUUCUUUUAUUCGCUGGCGUACAUCUGGCUGAAGUUCAGCUUUAUCUGGAAGUCGUCGCGCCUCUUCGCGAUGUUCAGCGGCAUCGAGGUGCCGGAAGAUGUACGGCGCUGCUUCUGCAAUACCUUGACCAUCCGCGACUUCUGGCGCGACUGGCACGCCUCCUUCAACCUGUGGAUCGUGCGCUACAUGUACAUCCCGAUGGGCGGCCGCCCACGCGCCGCGCUGUCCGUCCUGCCCAUCUUCCUCUUCAUCGCGCUGUGGCACGACCCGGCGCUGCACCUGCUGAAGUGGGCGCUGUGCAUCGCGGUGAUGUUCGUGGUGGAGCUGGCGGUGAGCGCGUGCUUCGGCUGGGUGGCCGGCUUGUUCCGCCGCGAGAUGGCGGCGACGGCGGCGGCGGCGGACGGUGAUGACGACGGCGCUGUGGAGGGCAGAGAGGUGGUGGACGAGGAGAGAGUGGAGAGGGCCAGCCGUCCCCCGCAGCCCAGCAGCCAGCGCCGCGGUGGUGCGGGUGAGGCCGUCGCGGUGCCGCUGCUGCGGCCUGCUGCGCGCUUCGCCGCACGUCACAUGAGUCCGCGCGCGCGUGCGUGGUGCUACCGCAUGCUGCGCGUGCUUGCCGGCAUGUCCAGCGUCUUCGGCCUCAUCGUGGCGAACCUCAUUGGCUUUUCGAUGCAGAAUUCGACUGCCAAUAUCGAAAAGGGAGACUACACUACGUCUGCCGCUGAUGCGGACAGGUCCAUCCUACGAUCCCUGCGAAGUGCCUCCGCCUGGUAUAUGAUGGGACUCGUCACAGCUCUGUAUUGCUUAGCCUCUCUCGCUGCCGUUGACCGUGACUUAGUCUUUUACAAAACAAAGAUGCUGAAAGCACGCUUUGGAUUAGAGUGA